GGGAGAGAGAUAUAGAGAGAGAAAGUGGGGUUCUUAUUCUUCUUCUUCUUCGUGUGCAUUUCCUCUUUUUCAAAAUACAAAAACAUUCUUUUCUCUCUCUAAACCGACCGACUUUCUCUCUCCUCUUUUGAAAAUCCUUUUUAAAAGAGAUUUGAAUAUUCUCCAUCGGAUAGAUCUCUUCAAGUCUCUAGGGUUUUUCUUUUUGUUGGAUUUGUUUGAUCGAUCGCUUUAGUCGGUUUAGAUUAGAGUUGAAAUGGAGGCGAUCGAGGAGUUGGGGCAGCUGUCGGAGUCGAUGAAACAAGCGGCGGCGUUACUUGCCGAUGAGGAUGUUGACGAAAACUCCAGUUCUAGUUCUAGACGGACUUCUACUUUUCUUAACGUUGUUGCGCUUGGCAAUGUUGGUGCUGGUAAAUCGGCAGUUUUAAACAGCUUGAUUGGACAUCCUGUUCUGCCAACUGGUGAAAAUGGUGCUACUCGGGCUCCUAUAAGUAUUGAUUUACAGAAGGAUGGUUCCUUGAGCAGCAAAUCUAUUAUGUUGCAAAUUGACAAUAAAUCUCAGCAAGUUUCUGCAAGUGCUUUACGGCAUUCUUUACAGGAAAGGCUGAGUAAGGGAUCAUCAGGGAAGAGUCGGGAUGAAAUAUAUUUGAGACUACGGACAAGUACAGCACCUCCUCUGAAAUUGAUCGACUUACCUGGCCUGGAUCAGCGGAUCAUGGAUGAAUCUAUGGUUAGUGAAUAUGCUGAGCAUAAUGAUGCUAUUUUACUAGUUAUCAUCCCCGCUGCCCAAGCGCCUGAAAUUUCUUCCUCUCGGGCCCUUAGACUUGCCAAGGAAUAUGAUGGAGAAGGUACCAGAACUAUUGGUGUAAUUAGUAAAAUAGAUCAAGCUGUGUCAGACCAGAAAGCUCUAGCAGCUGUUCAGGCUCUGCUGUUAAAUCAGGGGCCACCAAAAACUGCUGAUAUCCCAUGGAUUGCUUUGAUUGGUCAGUCGGUUGCAAUAGCUUCUGCACAAUCUGGAUCUGAGAACUCACUGGAAACUGCAUGGAGGGCAGAGAGUGAGAGUCUAAAGUCGAUAUUAACUGGAGCUCCUCAAAGCAAGCUAGGCAGAAUAGCUUUGGUGGAUGCUCUGGCACAGCAGAUACGCAAGCGUGUGAAAGUCCGGCUUCCAAACCUUCUUUCUGGGUUGCAAGGAAAGUCUCAAAUAGUUCAGGAUGAAUUAGUAAGACUUGGGGAGCAGAUGGUUGAAAGUCCUGAGGGAACAAGAGCUAUUGCAUUGGAGCUUUGCCGUGAGUUUGAAGAUAAAUUUCUCCAACACAUUACCACUGGCGAGGGUGCAGGUUGGAAAAUUGUUGCCAGUUUUGAGGGAAAUUUUCCUAAUAGGAUUAAGCAGCUUCCUUUGGACAGGCAUUUUGAUAUUAAUAAUGUCAAGAGGAUUGUAUUAGAAGCAGAUGGUUAUCAGCCAUAUCUCAUUUCACCAGAAAAGGGUUUGAGAUCGUUAAUUAAGGGUGUUCUCGAGCUUGCGAAAGAGCCAUCACGACUUUGUGUUGAUGAGGUACACCGUGUCCUGGUAGAAAUAGUUUCUGCUACUGCAAAUGGUACACCAGGACUAGGGAGAUACCCUCCUUUCAAGAGAGAGGUCGUAGCUAUUGCAACUGCUGCACUGGAAGGGUUUAAGAAUGAAGCAAAGAAGAUGGUUGUUGCGCUAGUGGAUAUGGAGCGGGCAUUUGUGCCUCCCCAACACUUCAUUCGUUUGGUGCAAAGGAGGAUGGAAAGACAACGUCGAGAGGAUGAGCUUAAAAACCGAUCUUCUAAAAAAGGACAUGAUGCGGAGCAAGCAUUAUUGAAUAGGGCGACUAGUCCUCAAACGGGAGGUCAGCAAACAGGGGGAAGUUUGAAAUCUAUGAAAGAGAAACCUAAUCAGGCAGAAAAAGAAGGACAGGAGGCUUCUGGUUUGAAGAUUGCGGGUGCUGAGGGAGAAAUAACAGCAGGUUUUUUGUCAAAGAAAAGUGCAAAAAAGGAUGGAUGGAGCAAGCGGUGGUUUGUUUUUAACGAGAAGACUGGGAAGCUUGGUUACACAAAAAAGCAGGAGGAGAGACUUUUUCGCGGUGUCAUCACCUUGGAGGAAUGCAACAUUGAAGAGGUUCCAGGUGAGGAAGAAGAGGAUAAGAAAGCCUCAAAGAGCUCAAAGGAUAAAAAGGCCAACGGACCAGAUUCUAAAGCUCCCAAUCUUGUGUUCAAGAUAACUAGCAAAGUCCCAUAUAAAACUGUUCUGAAAGCCCACAGUGCUGUUGUUCUGAAGGCUGAGACUGUAGCUGAUAAGGUUGAAUGGAUAAACAAGUUAUCAAAAAUUGCACAACCUUCAAGAGGACAAAUGAGGAAUGCGUCCCCUGAAAGUGGUCUUAACAUGCGGCAAAGUCUUUCUGAUGGUUCUCUAGAUACUAUGGCUCGAAGGCCUGUAGACCCUGAAGAAGAGCUCCGAUGGAUGUCUCAAGAAGUGCGUGGUUAUGUUGAAGCUGUCUUGAAUAGCUUGGCUGCUAAUGUUCCCAAGGCAGUAGUUCUUUGCCAAGUUGAGAAGGCCAAGGAAGAUAUGUUAAAUCAGUUAUAUAGCCGUGUCAGUGCUCAAAGCACGGCUAGGAUUGAAGAACUGCUUCAGGAGGAUCAGAAUGUAAAGCGCAGAAGAGAACGCUACCAGAAACAGUCCUCUCUCCUUUCCAAGUUAACACGCCAACUCAGCAUUCAUGAUAACCGGGCGGCUGCUGCUUCCAGUUGGUCUAACGGUAAUGGAGCAGAAAGCAGCCCCAGGACAAAUGGUCCACCAUCAGGUGAUGACUGGAGAACUGCAUUUGAUGCAGCGGCCAAUGGCUCCGUGGACUAUGGUUCAUCUAGAUCUAUGUCAAAUGGUCACAUUAACGGUGAUAUAAGUUCUGGUUCAAACUCGAGUAGCCGGCGUACUCCUAAUCGGUUGCCACCUGCACCACCGCAGUCUGGGUCUUCAGGUUACAGGUUUUAAUAGAAGGCUGCCUGAAUGUGAUCGAGAAUUAUAUUUUAAACACUCCCAUUUUGGUGGGUGAGAUUUCUCUGAAGCCCACUUGAGGAUAUACACAAUCCCAUGGCCAUUGAAAAAUCUAUUUAGAAUAUUUAGAAGAGCAGAAAGGGUGUUUCUGUACAUAAGACUACAUUUCCUCAAUAUCAGGUAUUUUUACGGCUUGUUUAGUUAGAAACAUGGAUUCAAGGUGUUCUUGAUAUCCAUUUGUUAUAAUUUACAGACGCCAUAUUCUUUUUCUUCUUCGCUCGAGAAACUUUAUUUUUUUCCCUCUAUUGUUAUUCCUUCCCCAAUUUUUUGGAUGCGGUAGCCUAUAGGUGUAUUUUUACUUGUAUCAUUUUUUUGGUGCCUGAUAACUUGUAACAUUUGGGAUCCUCUGGAGGUGAGUGUUAUAGUUAAAAACUUCUCAUUCUAAAA